AUGGACCACCUCCGCGUCAAGCACGUCACCAACGAGCUUCGGGCAAUCUUCUCCGAGAGGGCCGAGGCCGGGGCGGCUCCCCGAGACUUUGCCCAGAUUGUUCGGAGCUUCUGCCACACCGUGGCAGUUCUCCUGAUCUGUGGCCUGGAGGGAUAUAGACAACUCAACUUCCAGGUUGCCAACAACUACCACUUGUUCCAUGAACCUGCCGACUUUGUCUACCACGCUGUCCUGUUUGCCUCGAGACGUUGGAAUUUGAGGUUGAGCACCCGUCGCGACCUUAUAAACUGGUCAAUCAAUUCCCACACCGUGUCCAACUUUGUCGCCAACCGCAUGAGAACCUACGACGUCUACUUCCGUGACCAUCCAGAGAGAGUAAAGGCGUAUGGCCGCAGGUACAGGACUGUCAGUUCAAUUCUCGACGCCAAAGUGGACGUGGAGGCCAUGGGAGAGCCAUACGAGAUAGCACCUCUCCCCCUGUCCAACGGCCGCAUCGGCUGCCUCUAUUGUAACCUCUCCAUGAGCAACAUGGACGUCCUCACCACCCACCACGAGGCAGUCCACCAGGACGACGGCAUGGUGGCCUGCACAGACUGCACCUGGACCAGCGCCGCCAAGCCGGGCGCCUUGGACCACCACCUGAAGACGGCCCACGACAUCUACCCGGCCGGUCACCCGCACUUCUUCUCCACCAGCGUAGACCACCUCUGCGCCCUGCCGAGGGAGACACUCGUGCAGCUGGUGGCCGAUGACCUGGCCGCCCUCGCUCGGCUCUGUGGCGAGCCAGUGCAGCCUCCUGCCCCCACGGCCGUGCCGGCCUCUUGGGGCGUGUUCCGCAUUGCCUUUGUUGUCUCUCAUAUCAGGGUUAAGGUCAGACUGGUUCCUGGCUGGGAGCGGGAGGUUGAGCAGGCGUGGAAUAGGCGUGUUGUUGCCAACUUCCUCCCCAGGUCCUUUUAA